UCCAAAAAUCACCCUUCCCUCGUAUUAUAAAUAAAUGUUCAAGUCUUGAAGAAAGUAAGCCCUAUCAUCAUUCAGAUACUCAUUACUUUUAAACAACAAAGAAACCAUGGCAUCAACUGAGCCUAAUAACGAUUUUUUAGCAGGUGCAAAGGAUGCAGUAGCUUCAGCACAGACAACUGUGGGAAAUGCUGCAGCUGGUGUCCAGACAACUGUGGGAAAUGCUGCAGCUAAUGUUCAGAAGACCGUAGGAGAAUAUGCUACCAAGGCUGCUGAUUUUGUGCAGUCCAAACCAGAAGAGCCAGCCAAACCUGAAGGUGUGAUUGCUGGUGCUAAAAAUGCUGUUGGAGGCUUAUUUAAGAAAUGAAACAUCACUGAUUUCACUUUAGCAUCCUGUGAUUAAUUAAUUAAUUAAUUAAUAAGGAUACUAAACUUGUCAUCCCUUCAAGUAUGUGUAUAAGUUAGCACUGUGUAUCUUAUCAUAUAAACUAUAGGAUAGGAUAUACUAAGUUGGAUCCAAUAUGUAAGGUAACAGAGCUCUGCUCUUCACUUUACUGAUCCUGCCUCUGAUUGUUUAUGUUUUUCCUAAUUCUGUUGCAUAUUUAUUAUUCAAUUCUGUUUCCUUUCUCUUA